AUGUACGAGCAGGCAGAGCCUAUCCGGUUGCCUUUCUCCGGCCCCGACAGCCGCCAACCCAGCGGGCCGCCACCCCAACCCCGUCCCGUCCAGCAGAGUGGUUCACGUGGGCGUGUCCGCCUUGGCAACGGCGCUUCUGACAAGCAGCGGGAAGACCAGGACACGUCUUCACACACGUACGUAAACACCGAGGAGGUGAAACGUUACGCAACGUCUGCAGACCGCGCGUAUCCGGGUGGAGCGAGCGGCCGUCGGGGUGUCUGUAGCUUCCUCCGCGCCCGCCGCAGCUUCCUCGCCGCCGGCAUCGCCGUGCUACUGAGCCUAAGCGCCGCGGGACUCGCCCCCCUGACGUUCAGGAACAAGCAGGGAAUAUCCCAACUGUCCGCCACCGUUGACGCCUUGAAACGCGACCAAGACGACAUGGCCACUGCUGUUAGCGUCUUAGAACGUGGCCAAGACGGAAUGUCGAGAGCUCUUAAUGCCUUGAAACGCGACCAAGACGACAUGACCACUGCUGUUAGCGUCUUAGAGCGUGGCCAAGAUGGAAUGUCGAUAUCUCUUAGCGCCUUGAAACGCGACCAAGACGCCAUGUGCCAACUGUUCGCCACUGUUGACGCCUUGAAGUGCGACCUGGACAAGGAGCGAGGCAAAAUCGUCGCCUUGGAGAAACGUCUUCACGAAAUAAACAAGAAACCAGCAUCCUGUCCUACGGGUUACAAACUUUGGCGUAAAAUCUGCUACAAGGUGUUCAACACACGCGAAACUUUCAGCGAAGCGGCGGCGGCCUGUCGUUCAGACGGCGGCACCCUCGCCAUGCCCCGAGACGCCGACACCAACGCCUUCCUGGGCUCCCUGUACAGGGCCACGACCGACGGUUGGAGUUUCUGGAUCGGUCUGCACGAUCGGCGCGAAGAGGGAAGCUACAAAUGGGUGGACGGUUCUGCACUUGGGCCGUACAGUUCCUGGGGUCCGAAACAACCCAACGACAUUAGGGGCACGCGCGACUGCGUUCUUUACUCCGCAAGCCCGUCCGGAAAAGUCAGUUGGAGCAGCAAACCCUGCAACUAUCUCUGUACCUUCAUAUGCCAGACUGUGCCAGCGUCGCAGGGUUCCCGUAAAGGGGCCCUGAAUUGA